UGUAAUUACGCAGUUCAGCCACAACGCCAAAAUCGCUUCACAGCCAGCCCAUCGCCGUUCGUUCCUGGGGGCUUGCUCUGUGCUGCUCAGAAGCUAACGUUAGCUAGCGAGCUGUCAAGCUGUCUAGUGGAGAGGCUGGGACAGACGUUUCAGCUCCCCCUGGCUUUGCCACUCUAAGUUCCGGGCCACAAAUUACAAAGAAAAUCUGUGAGAAUAUACUUAAGAUCGCCAGCUGAGAUAAUGUAAUGCAUCACGGGCGUACGCAAAGAGGGACCUCCGCACUUACACCAUUUGUAUGCUAACUGGCUAGCUAGCAUAGCUAACCCGUCGCGACCCCUCUAGUUUCGUCGGUGUACCUUCUCUGGUGUGAACUUAGACCAGUCAGUCCUUGUCACUGUCGCAGCUUCCGUUGCUGUCAACUAGUAUUUUGGAUAUUUGGUCUUAAAAGGGACACAAUGGGUGCAUUUCUGGACAAACCAAAGAUGGAAAAAUACAAUUCCCGUGGUGAGGGCAACAACCUGAGGUAUGGGCUAAGUAGCAUGCAGGGUUGGCGGGUCGAGAUGGAAGAUGCACACACAGCAGUAAUUGGUCUGCCACAUGGUCUCGACCCCUGGUCGUUCUUUGCUGUUUAUGAUGGCCAUGCUGGCUCUCAGGUAGCUAAAUACUGCUGUGAGCACCUGCUGGAGCACAUCACCAGCAACUCAGACUUCCAGAGUGCUCUGCAGGAGGAUCCCUCUGUGGAUAGCGUGAAGAUUGGGAUCCGCACAGGAUUCCUGCAGAUUGAUGAACACAUGCGAACCAUCUCUGAGAAGAAGCAUGGUGUGGACCGCAGUGGUUCCACUGCAGUGGGAGUGAUGAUUGCUCCGAGCCAUAUCUACUUCAUCAACUGUGGCGAUUCACGUGGACUCCUCAGCCGGGGCGGAGCUGUGCACUUCUUCACUCAGGAUCACAAACCCAGCAACCCUUUGGAGAAGGAAAGGAUCCAGAAUGCCGGAGGCUCAGUCAUGAUCCAGCGAGUGAAUGGGUCCCUGGCUGUGUCUCGGGCUUUGGGAGACUUCGACUACAAGUGUGUGCAUGGAAAAGGCCCGACAGAGCAGCUUGUGUCUCCUGAGCCCGAAGUUUAUGCGAUAGAGAGAUGCGAGGGAGAAGAUGAAUUCAUUAUAUUAGCUUGUGAUGGCAUCUGGGAUGUCAUGGCCAAUGAGGAACUGUGUGACUUUGUCAGAUCAAGGCUAGAGGUGACAGAUGAUCUUGAAAGAGUCGCCAAUGAAAUUGUUGACACCUGCUUGUACAAGGGGAGCCGCGACAAUAUGAGUGUUGUGUUAAUCUGCUUUCCUGGGGCACCAAAGGUAUCUCCAGAAGCAGUGAAACGGGAGGCUGAGCUGGAUAAAUAUCUUGAGGGCAGAGUAGAAGAGAUCAUCAAAAAGCAGGGGGAUGAAGGUGUCCCGGAUUUGGUCCAUGUUAUGCGGACGUUAGCAUCUGAGAGCAUCCCUAACCUCCCUCCUGGAGGAGAGCUGGCAAGCAAACGAAGUGUUGUUGAAGCAGUGUACAACAAACUCAACCCCUACCGAAGUGAUGACACAGACUCUGCGUCCACAGACGACAUGUGGUAACACAACCUCCUACCACUAACACAGCAUAGAGUUUACAAACCACCAUCCUCUCAAGACCCACAGCAGCUCAGCUCAGCAGUCUGUCUCUCCGUCACUCUGAGCUUUUGGUUUCUAAGAAGGGAAUUUCAUGGGAGGAGGAAGAAGAGGAAGAGGAGUUGCAUGCACACACACCUGGAAUAGUGCAGCACCAAUCCACUCUGGAGUUCAGGAUCCCCACUGUCUUGUCUCCCCCUUUAUGUUCACCCACCCUAAUACUCUCCUCUAAAGUAAUCCAUAACAAGUGAGUCCCCAUGGUUUUCUUUCUUUUUGUUAAUCAGCUUAAGUAGUAAGAUUAUUUUUUUUUUUGCUGUAAUUAAUUUGAUUCACAUUUCCUUGUGUGUGUUUGUAUAUUUCUGUUUUUGUGAAGUGCAAUUGUCCUGUACAAACAGCCUGUAUUUAAUGCAGCUUGAUUUUAAGUUAAAAAAAAAAGAAAGAAAUGAAAAAGAGAACCUUUUUAUGCACUAUCUGCCUUUUCCUGCUCUUCUGGAAUUGUAACAAAUGUCUAUUCAGUGAAUAUUACUGCUUGUCCUCCAGGCACAAUGUUUCUGCGCUUUUACUUUCCUUUUUUUCAGUUAGUCUAUGCUCCUUUUUAAAAAACAAAAACAAAAAAAAACGGGUAAAUUGUAUAGUUGACAGCACAGUAAGCUCUCUAUCAAACCAUCUAAAUCCUAAUUAUUUUCCCUGUGCUUUUUUUUUUUUAUUGUAUUUUAUUUUUGUAAGUGGUUUUCUGUACAUGCUCAAAUAAUAAUGGCGGUGUUUCUCGGUCAUUUUGGAAGUUUGACAUGAAUUAUUUUUAUUUCUUCUAAGGCAUCUGAUGAAAAAAGACCCCUGUUAACACAUUUGUCUGUGCGAAUAGAUACUUACAAGCGUGCGUGCGUGCUUGUGUGUAUGUAUGUACGCACGUGUGUCAGUGUAAAGGCAGAUCUGUAUGUGCAACUCUAAUUUAAAUUUGCUAUGGUGUUUCAGACAACAGACCAGGCUGGAGUUAAAGGGAAUUGCUUUCCCACUUCUUACCCAUUGUCUUUUUUUAGCCAGUGUUCCAUAUCAUCCCAAUAUAGGCUUUCACUACUACUUAUUCCAAAAAAACUUUGGAUAACAGAGUUUACAUGCUGUUACGCUAUUUGAACAACAUCAAGCUAUAUAUCAGAAUUAUACAGUAACCUGAGAUGGCAUAAACGGUUCAAUUUACCCAUGGUGCAUUGCAUUAGUUUACACCUCUAGUGUGUCAUAUUUAAAUAUCAGUUUCUAAACAUGCAUUGUUACCAGUGCCCACUGUGGGUGCCAUAUGAUUUUAUAAUCUCUUGUUUCAGCUUUAUGACAGCCUAUGCCAAGUUUCUUUUUCAUGAGAUUCAGUUUUUGUAUGUGGUACAGAUAGUUUUAGCCUUUACCUUUUAACAUCUGAUAAUUUGACUGAUGUGAACAGUUUAAGCACUGACUAUUUUAGAGAAAAUCACCCACUACCAGUCUGAUGAUAGGACAAACUGUUGACUCUAAAACUUACAAGGCUAUUUUUUUAUUCUUCACAUGGUUUUUAGUUAAACAUUCAAAUCAAGAACAAAUCUAACUGUAAUGAGUUCUCAUGGUUGUAUAGCACCUUUUUAUUCUCGUCGGGUUUGCUCUGCCUAAAAUCCUCCCUCACGGCACCACAAGCCAGCACAAUACAGUUUGCUGCUAUAGUGUAUGAUCUGUGGGUUAAUUUUCCCCUCUGAAAAGAUGAAUAGUCCCAGACUAAAUCUGUAUCUCACACACACACACACACACACACACACACACACACACACACACACACACACACACACACACACACACACACACACACACACACUCUCACUAUAUUUCUUGAAGAGAAAUGGUUUUAUUUCAGAUUUAUUUUCUGCCUUUUGUCUAAAAUUGCAUUGUUGGAAAUUUAUGUAUGUAUAUAUUUUGGACUUAAACUUUCAAGGAAUAAAUCAUGCCGCUUGAGUUAGUUUUUUGCCAUGGACAAAAUGUGAUUCUGGUUUGUCUUGGGAUAGUUAGUUGAAUAUUUCUGUGUUUUGGUAAACAAGGGUUGCCCUCUAAUCACUUUGGUGUCCCUCUGAUCAACACUGAGGGUUUGAACAGUUUAAUUUACAUAAUACACAAUAAUGUACUAAAUUUGUAACUCUAAUUAUCAAAAUGACAAUCUAACAAUUUCACUGCAUUUAGGUGCAGCAAAUUAUUUAAUCUUUAACAAAACAGACUAAUCCUAAAUUAGCUGCUUUCUAAUAGGCUUUAGUUACAAAAAGGCCAAAGACAUUCAAAUUUAGUAGUAGCAGGUCGAUAUCACAAGAAGUAACUAUAAAGGAGAACUGAGCUGUAACCCUGUAAAAGCUGUUAAGAAUGUAAAGAUAUUAGAGUGAUGUUAACUUUAUUUUGAGAUUUAUUUUGCCGUUAGUUAGCUUUUAAAGGUACUCUGGAGUUUUUGACCACUGGUGAUGCUGUAGAGAAAUAUUUUGAUGAGCGUGUCCUCGCUCUACCAGCAUGAGCUUAAAGGGGAACAUGACUGAAGGGGGCAGUAAUGUGUAUCAACAGUUAGGUUAGUAACGCGGUAUAAUAGACGAUAUGACUGAUUAAUAAAUGCAGGUUUCAAAACCGAAAAAAGCCAUUGAAAAUCUUUUGUGACGUAUUUAAUAGCAUUAGUCAUGUUUGUUAGGCCUUAAAGACACGCACAAUGCAUUUUGGUAAGAAAUGUUGAAUGUAAACCUAACUGUGUUUACAGUGGAAACUCCAUAGGGUACCUUUAAACGGCCAGUCACCCAAGAAUUGACAUUAUUACAACUUUUACAACAAUUACAACUUAGUCAUAAUUCAGUAGAUUUCUUUGUGUGUUUGCAUGAAUAUUCCCUCAAAAAAAGCAAAAACCUAAAAUGCAACAAAAAACAAACCGUACAGUAAAAACAUUUUUUAAUUCAUGUUUUUUGAAAUAACAGUAUUGUAUUUCUAACACAAUACUUACCAAUACCUACUGUACUCACAAUGUAAAAUGUAAACCCUUCAUGUCAGUUUAUUCACUAUGUUUGAGGAAAAACUUAAUGUGUAUAGAAAUGCCUUUUGUAUUAAGAUAAGCAGUUUUAUUUUGCGAUGCAUUGCUUAUAUUUGUUAAGUGAGUGCACUUAAUGUCUCUCAUAAACUAUUUCAGCACCCAGCUGCAAAUCUGGUAGGUGCUGAUGACUCUUAAAGCAACAUUUCAUGCAAUUUUUAAUAAGUAACAUACAAUAUUUAUUUGCAUCUCAAGGCCAUCAAUACCCCCCGCCCCUGGACUGUCCUGCAUUGCCCUAGAGAUUUACAAUUCAGGAUGUGGCCCUUAAAUGAUGCUGGUUAAUUACACAUUUGUACAAACCACAGAAUGAAAAAUGUAAAAAUUAGCUUUUUAGUAUUCAAAAUUGCUGUAGCUAAAAUUUACGCAGAUAUUGACUGUGGCCUGGCUGUGAUUUGUCACAUCUGGGCGUUUUGUUUGUCAUGUAAAAUGUCUAUCAUCGUUUCCCUGUUAGACCCACAUCCCAAACAAAAAAAAGAACAAAAAAAAGAUCCCAAGAGUCUAUUCUAUUUAAUUUUUCAUGAACUGAAAUACCUCAUUACAUGAAUAGGAAGUGUUUUUGUGUUAGGUUAGAUCCAAACUGCCCCCGCCCGCCUCAUAACACCCUCAACUGCUUACCUGUUUAAUUUCACCAACUUUUCCACUUGUGUGAUGCUCAUUUAGCUCAAUCUAGAAUUGUAUUGAGGGUUCAGGGUUUUAGAAAGGUGAGUAGUGUGAGAAGUGACUAAAUGACAAAAGUCAUGUGCACUAAUCAUCUGUAUAAUCAGCGUGUUUGUUUUUUUUAGAAAUUGUUAUUGUAGAAAAAAGAUUAUAAAGCUAUUUACAGAGUUACCUUUGGUUGCCUGGAAUGCAUCCUGUAUAUUCUUGUACGGAGCACUACCUGGCAGAUGUUGAAGAGAUUUAAAUGCUUGCGCCCUCUUGUACAUAUUGAUGUACCUUGGUUGUGGCGCUUACUGUGUGACCCUUCGCAGUUGUGGUUUAUUUGUCCCCUGACAGGGCGACCUGAGCCUCACUUUGCUGACCUUUUUCAGCUCAUAAAUAAGCUCACCGAUUUGCCUUACCCAAUCUCGUGUUGCCCCCCUAAAAUACUUGUUCAACAAAACACUACGAGGAGUAAUGCUGUUGACAUUACACUCUUAUAGAUUCAAAACUGUCCCCAUCUUAGGGUACGUAAGCUAUCAACAAAGUGACUUUGUCCUGGUUGUUACAUGGUACAACUUUUCAACCAUCACUGGUUUGUAUGCUAUCCCCACCCCCCCCCCCCCCCCAUAUUACCUUAUUGAAUCUCAGUUUUGAAAGCUUAUUUAAUUUUCCACUGCAGAUGAUGUCAUACUUUUAACUAAUGCAAGUGUUUUAACAUGGUAACCUCGUAAGCAUUCAAAAUGUGCAUACAUACAUUCAUGUCUGGUAUAUUUAUGAUUACAUUCAAGAAUAGCUUUAGAGUGCUGUAGAUAAGUAUUGUCAAUGUUGAUUCAAAUGCUUCUCAGAGGUCUCUGUGAGUGAUUUUACAAAGUUCAAUAACUGUAUAUUUUGUAUUAUGUUCUAGCUCCAAACGAAUGGCAGAAAAAAAUGUUUAAAAAAGCUUUGUUCCCUGAACUAAAUUGUACUAUUUGUGUUGUCGAUUGAACAAAUUGCAUUCCUUGCUUGUGAAUUGAUGCAUUUCUCUUCCUGCUCCUUACAUCUUCUCCCCUUCUUUCCCUUUCUUUCAUUUUUUAGCCUUUAAAGUUUGAAUAAAAUUUCUAGUUUGCAGAAUGUAUUACUAAAUAAAUGGGUUGUCAUCUUGUA